CGGUUUGCUGUGCCGCACGGUUACGAAAAAUACUUCCCUCGGUAGCUGUCUCUAUAGCAGCGAGUAGUCGAGUUUCAAUCGUGCUGUUGAGAGGUGUUGGUGUGUGCCUGAAGUAUCCUCUCUCCGGAGAUCAGCAGGAUUACGUGUCUCCUGAAUUUAAAGGACUACCAGAUUUAUAUGUUAACAUUCUACUUCGUCAUUUAAGUCAGAUACAUCAGAGCCAAGGCCCUAGCGUGCACCACCAUGCUGAGUGAGGGCCGCCGUGAAGGCCUGCGUCUGGCACUGAAUCGUUCAAUCAGUGAGCCGUGUCAGGGUCCCCUACUGACGGUGCAGCAGAUGACGGAGGCAGCUGCGCAGAGCAGCAGCAGCAGCCUUACCCCUGACUAUGACUCUUCAGGAAGUCUCUGCCUUCCUGGGUCUGGGCACCGCACUCUUGCUCUGCCUCUCUCACCGCUAGCAUCGGCCAGCAUGCCCGCCUCACUCUGCUCCGAGAGCCUCGCGCUCCAACGCCAACGUGUCUGCAGGAAGGUGAAAACCAUCGAACCUGCAGAAGUGGCCCGUAGGAUAACCCGCUCCCAUAAGUCAAGAUCCUUUGUUAUAUUGGAUCUUCGUCCGUUCUUUAUAUUCAACGUGCGACACGUGCGUUCAGCUAUCAACCUUAACUGCAGUGAUCGUUUGAGUAGAAAGCGGCUUCAGCUUCGCCGGGCAACCGUGGUGGACCUCGCAUCACCAAGUUUAAGUUCUCCUGUUAGAGAGUCCCAGAAAAGAAGAACUUAUAAAGAAGUUAUCGUGUACGACGAAACUGCCUCCGACGUUGAAAGUUUACCUUCAGACCAUCCAGUGUUCUUAGUGCUCUCUGCUAUCGUUGAAGAUCAUGGAGAACCUCUUCUGAUGAAAGGAGGCUUCAGCAACUUUUUGAAGAACUACCCCGAGCUUUGUGACGAGGAGCAGCUGAAGAACCAUAACAUUAACAACAACAAUAACAACGGAAACACCGAAAACAACAAUUGCCAAGACGACAACACGGGCAUACCCUCUCACCUGAUGUCAGGGAACUAUUUUAACAGCAGCAGUGUCAGCAACCUAGCUUCUCCUGACAGUGAAGCUGCCAUCGAGCGUGCUGCUGUAACACAAGUCCUGCCUUACCUCUACCUCGGCAACGCUAAGGACGCUCAAAAUAUGGAGCUGUUACAGGCGUUGGGCGUGAGUCGCGUCUUGAACGUGACGUCACGAGUGUCAGGAUACCGGGAAGAGAGCGGCUUGCUGUGCAAAACUUUGCCGGCGCUGGACAACGGACAUCAAAAUUUACGACAGUACUUCCAUGAGGCCAUUGCUUUUAUCGACUGUUGCAAGUUCAACGGUGAGCGGGUGUUGGUGCACUGCCAGGCCGGCAUCUCUCGCUCAGCCACUAUAGUGAUCGCGUACCUCAUGUACGCCAAUAGGGAGCCCAUGAUAAGCUCCUACCAAACUCUUAAGAGUCUCAGGACAAUCAUCUCUCCUAACUUGAACUUCAUGGGCCAGUUGCUGGAGUGGGAGUCUUUCUUGAGGGCCAAUAGCCUGGAGUCCAGCGAAGCCAAACCGUGCCAUCAGUGCGAAUGGAAAGUUCAAGACAACGCGCCUCUAGCUACCGCUUGUCAAUUAUGACCCCAGUGUGCUAGGGGUUGUUUCAGUAAUUGGGUUCAUGACAUUGAUCGCUUACCCAAGAAUAUUAAUUGUACUCUCUGUCUUAUGAAUAAUAAUUUGAACCACAGAAAUAAUACUAAGAGUGAUGCCAGUAAUACCGCUCUUCCGAAAAGAACUGUCAAUAACGAUAUCUGCGUCUCUGAGAAGGUCUCGACAAAAGAUGAGUCAGCAUCUGUCCAGUGUGAGUUGCCAUCAUUUUUAUUGACCCCGCCUUCUCCGCCUUUGUCAUGGAACGGGAACAUUCUCACUGAGCAAAAUAACGGUGAAACUCGGGACUUCAAACGGGACGCUGUCUCCUCCACUCUUCAGCUACGAGCUUUAUCACCGCCGUGCUCACCUGUCGGGCUUAAACUUCCCAUCAUUCCUUGCUUCAAACCCAAACUUUCUUUUGCACUACCUUCUGAUGAAACCAUAAAUAAAGAUGACCAUAAGAAAACUUCGGAUACUUCUCUUGCUCCCAAGUUCUCUCUUUUCGAAGCCUCUUCUCGGACUAAUCCCGAAACAAUACAUGCUCGCAUAUCUCCUGUAUCUGAGAAGAAACUUCCACUUAGCCUGAGCCUGCCGCUCGCAAGCAGGCCAAGUGACGUGAGCAGCCGUGUGUUAUCUGUGUGUGGUGGAGCACAAGCUCCUCUUGAAGUUCCAUCUUGGCUGCUUUACAGGCGCAGCUUGAGUGCGCCUAACGAAGACAAGGGAGAUGACGCAAGCUGCGCAGCCGGUACCAGCAAUGUCUGUUGGAAUUCAUUAAAGGGCGAGUACAAAAUGGAUGUUAUUGAUCAUCUUGUGAAAAUUCAGGAGAAACUUAAUGAACGGAUUCCUCUUAAGCGUAAGUAUAAUGAACUGGGCGAGCCUAAAGCUACUGACGAUAGUGAGCUGAGUGUGAACAAUAGUUAUUCAACCCUCUAUCAGAGUUUUGGUACAGACCUAUCAGAUGGGCAUUACUCAUGUAGAGAAGAUGUCUCAUCGAGAGACGUAUCCGUGAUUCCCGAGCCGACAGCAGCCUUGGAAAUGCUCCAAGCACCGAUCAACGCCGGGCUUUUCCAAGAUGAUGUUGCAAUAGCGCGGGCUCCGAACAGCCCCGCGGCUGCUGCAGACAAUGACGAGACACCGCGAUUCAAGAUGCCCUCAUUACUGCCUCUGAAAAGGCUCACCGACUGUGAUAAUACAGACUCAGCCACGUCUAAUGCUUCUGGAAAACGACCAAGGCUCACGCGAUCUUAAUUUAUAUUUUCUCGUAUAAAAUUCGAAAGUUUGUUCGUUUUCUAACGUGGAGCAAGCAUGGGCGAAAUAUCUCCGCAUACAUCUAGCUGAAGAGCAACGAUCAUGUGCCAGAAUACCCUGGACUCCUGCACACUUAGACGAGACUUUGUUGGAGGGCUUAUCUGGCAGCUUAAUAUAUCCAAGCCAUGUUUCUUAAUUUUUUCACAAUAUUUUUCGAUAGGGGCAUUAGAAUCUCU